UGUCACUAUUGUUCUAGAAGGAGAAACACACAGGCGUUAAAAACGUUGCCCAGCGAGUCCCACUUAUUAAUAAACUUAUAUUUCUCGGUAAAGGCUCCUUAUUUCGGUCUCCAAAUCGUUGGUUGGGGUAGCUACUCCAGAGGUUAGUGAACACGGUUAAACGUUGAAAGCCGCCAUGGCGUCGCCUCUGCAGAUGACAGAGAUGUACGACAACGCUCUGCUCGGGAUCCUGCAGCACGUUGGGAACAUUCAGGACUUUCUUCAGGUCUAUUUCGGGUUCCUGUAUCGCAAGACGGACUUUUAUCGCUUGCUGUCGAGUCCCAACGAGAAGAUGGGCUUCCCUCCUGGUGUGGCGGAGAAGAUGGUGUUUAAGACGUUUAAGCUGUUUGAGAAGCUGGCGGAGCACGACCGAGAGAGGCAGCAGAGCGAGCUGCAGAAGAGAGAGGAGAGCCGAUGUGUUCCUCCGGCAGUUCAGGAGCUGGAGAUCAGCGACCAGCCUCCAGAGGAGCGAGAGGAGCCGAGCACAGAGGAGAGCUCUCCCAGGGAGGUUCCAGCUCCUUCCUCCUCCUCCUCCUCCUCCUCGGUGGCCGCUGGCCCUCGGCCCGACAGCAGCGUCGGCGGUCCGGUCCCGUUGGCUCCGGGAGACCGGGCGGCUUCAGCCAGCGCAGCCUCAGCACAAGAGAGUCGGGAGAAGUUCCAGGCGGACCCCGACAGUUACAACGGGGCUGUGAGGGAAAACUACAGCUGGUCCCAGGACUACACUGACGUGGAGGUCCGAGUGUUCGUGCCCAAGACGGUUGUUAAAGGCCGACAGGUCCGAGUCAGUCUGCAGAGCGGCAGCUUGCAGGUCUGUGUGAAGGAGGGAGCCGAAGAGAAAACACUGAUGGAGGGAGAGUUCACCCACAAGAUCCACACGGAGAACUCUCUGUGGAGCCUGGAGCCUGGACGCUGCGUGGUCCUGUCGCUCAGUAAGACCUCAGAGGUUUGGUGGAACGCGGUGCUGAAAGGAGAACAGGAGAUUGAUAUAGACAAAAUUAACCGUGAGCGCUCCAUGGCAACGGUUGACGAGGAGGAGCACGCCGUUCUGGACCGACUCUCCUUCGACUACCACCAGAAGCUGCAGGGGAAACCCCAGAGUCACGAAAUGAAAGUGCACGACAUGCUGAAGAAGGGCUGGGAUGCCGAAGGCUCCCCCUUCAAAGGACAGCAGUUCGACCCCUCCAUGUUUGACAUCCCACCCAGCGCCGUGCAGUUCUGAGGCACGGCCAGCGACUCAGCCAAAUAUGAACUGAAUCCUAGUUUAUUUGCAGAGCUGCUCGUAGGAAAAGUCAACAUUUACCUGCCGGUCUGUUGUGUUGGACUUUAAUUAUAAGAGCCGAACUGAAGCUGGUGUUUUGUGUGGCGUGUGACUACAGAUGAGGACAUGUCAUUCUAUCAAAUGUUUAUUUGAUGUUUUGGUAGUAUGAAAUCUGAUAAAUGUGUUCUUUGACUGUUUUGCUCUUUAUUUAAAAAAAGAAAAAUCUGCAGUGCC